AUGCCCACACACCAGGCGCCGUAUCCACGAUUCUAUAUCGGCGGAACAGUGGACGUUGAAGUCGUUCAACAAGCGAGAAUCAAAUUCCAAGCGGCGAAGCGUCAUGAACACUUCCUAAGCCGAGGGAUGAAGCACCUGUUUGAGACACUGGAGAACGAAGACAACUUUAGCAAGCAGGUAGUCGACACAUGGUUGCGCAAUGAAGAGAACAUCGAAAGAAUGGCCCCUGGGAGAACAGUCGAACUGAAAGCUCAUGCUCCCAUCCGAAUCAAUUCUCUGUCCCACCCGGUCACCCUACAAAGGGGAAUUCGAGAAGAGGAGGGAAUCUCAAUUUGGAUACCACUACAAGAAUGGAACAAAGAGAACGGAUGCAUGUUUGGCGAUACAGUGAUACGUCCCGGUGAAUAUCUUGCUCUGAGCGGUGUUGAGCCAGUGACAUUUCCCGCUUCAAAAGGAGGAGCUUUGAUUAUCUGGUUUUUCUUACAACUCCCCAGCACCUUGCGUAGUGUUGAAAGUUGA